CGGGUGGGCUGGCAGCGGUGGACGCGUCGGAGCCGCGGGCGGUCAGCAGAACUUUGACUUUCUGGGGCAUGAAUACUAAGCUGUUUGGUUCUGGGCUCUGCUAGCACGACCUUUGACAGGAAGAACAAUGGCCACUGCAGCGGCAUCUCACCUGAACCUGGAUGCCCUUCGGGAAGUGCUAGAAUGCCCCAUCUGCAUGGAAUCCUUCAGUGAAGAGCAGCUGCGUCCGAAGCUCCUGCACUGUGGCCAUACCAUCUGCCGCCAGUGCCUGGAAAAGCUGCUGGCCAGCAGCAUCAAUGGCGUCCGGUGUCCCUUUUGCAGCAAGAUUACCCGCAUUAGCAGCCUGAGCCAGCUGGCAGACAACCUAACGGUCUUGAAGAUCAUCGACACAGCUGGGCUCAGUGAGGCUGUGGGACUGCUCCUGUGCCGGGCCUGUGGGCGGCGGCUGCCCCGGCAGUUCUGCCGCAGCUGUGGCCUGCUGUUGUGUGAGCCAUGCCGGGAGGCAGAACACCAGCCUCCCAGCCACUGCACCCUUCCUGUCAAAGAGGCAGCUGAGGAGCGGCGGCGGGACUUUGGAGAGAAGUUGACUCGCCUGCGGGAGCUCAUGGGGGAACUGCAGAGGCGUAAGGUGGCCUUGGAGUGUGUCUCCAAAGACCUGCAGGCAAGGUAUAAGGCAGUUCUUCAAGAGUAUGGGCACGAGGAGCACAGGGUCCAAGAUGAGCUGGCUCGCUCACGGAAGUUCUUCACAGGCUCUCUGGCUGAGGUUGAGAAGUCCAACAGUCAAGUGGUGGAGGAGCAGAGUUACUUGCUUAACAUCGCAGAGGUGCAGGCUGUGUCUCGCUGUGACUACUUUCUGGCCAAGAUCAAGCAGGCCGAUGUAGCACUGCUAGAAGAGACAGCCGACGAGGAGGAGCCAGAGCUCACUGCCAGCUUACCUCGGGAGCUCACCCUGCAAGAUGUGGAGCUCCUCAAGGUAGGUCAUGUAGGCCCCCUCCAAAUUGGGCAGGCUGUGAAGAAGCCCCGGACAGUUAACAUGGAAGACUCCUGGGCCAUGGAGGCUGCAGCCUCUGCUCCCUCUACCUCUGUUACAUUUAGAGAGAUGGACAUGAGUCCUGAGGAAGUGGUUGUCAGCCCUAGAGCCUCACCUGCUAAACAGCGGGGUUCCGAGGCAGCCUCCAGUAUCCAGCAGUGCCUCUUUCUUAAGAAGAUGGGGGCCAAAGGCAGCACUCCAGGUAUGUUCAACCUGCCAGUCAGUCUGUACGUGACCAGUCAAGGUGAAGUCCUGGUUGCUGACCGUGGCAACUACCGUAUACAAGUCUUCACCCGCAAAGGCUUCUUGAAAGAGAUCCGUCGCAGCCCCAGUGGCAUUGACAGCUUCGUGCUCAGCUUCCUUGGGGCUGAUUUACCCAAUCUCACUCCUCUCUCAGUGGCCAUGAACUGCAAUGGGCUGAUUGGUGUGACUGACAGCUAUGACAACUCCCUCAAGGUAUAUACCUUAGAUGGCCAUUGUGUGGCCUGUCACAGGAGCCAGCUGAGCAAACCAUGGGGCAUCACAGCCCUGCCAUCAGGCCAGUUUGUGGUAACUGAUGUGGAAGGUGGGAAACUUUGGUGUUUCACUGUUGACCGAGGAGCAGGGGUGGUCAAGUACAGCUGCCUUUGCAGUGCUGUGCGUCCCAAGUUUGUCACCUGUGAUGCUGAAGGCACUGUCUACUUCACCCAGGGCUUGGGCCUCAAUCUGGAAAAUCGGCAAAAUGAACACCACCUGGAGGGUGGCUUCUCCAUUGGCUCUGUGGGUCCUGAUGGUCAGCUGGGUCGCCAGAUAAGCCAUUUCUUCUCUGAGAAUGAGGAUUUCCGCUGCAUUGCUGGCAUGUGUGUGGAUGCUCGUGGUGACCUCAUUGUGGCUGAUAGUAGUCGCAAGGAAAUUCUCCAUUUUCCUAAGGGUGGGGGGUAUAGUGUCCUCAUUCGAGAGGGGCUUACCUGUCCAGUGGGCAUUGCCCUCACUCCUAAGGGGCAGCUACUGGUCUUGGACUGUUGGGAUCAUUGUAUCAAGAUCUAUAGCUACCAUUUAAGAAGAUAUUCUACCCCUUAGAGGAUGAGAAAUACCAAUCUCUUUUGUUCCCCAGCCAAUUUUCCUUCCCUUAGUCUUUGGUUGUUGGUGGUAACUAUAGUGUAGACUUGGCCUAUGUCAUGAUUCCAUCUGGGUUGUCGUAGAAUUUUAGAAACUCUGGUUUUUAUUGUUUUUUUUUUUUAAUUUGAUACUCUCCUGUACCCACCCCCAAUCCAAAUUUAGAGCUUUAACUGGUACAUUACCCCAAAUAGGACACAUGAUGGUAUUAGCUAAAGUCUGAUUAGAAAUUAGGCACUUCUGAGGCUUUUGUGAGACAGCCACUUUAGCUCUUUGCCCCUGUGUUUGAAAUUUGCCCCUGUAUUGAAUCUUUCUUGAUUUUCUCCUUUUGGCUUUGAUGUCCCUAGUCCAUUGUUUCUUUCCUAUUAUAAUGGUCUUCAUUAGUGAUACUUUCUCUUCAUCUCUGAUUGCUUUCUGUGUGCAUGCUCUAGUGGGAUCUGUUUUGCCCUUCAGUGAUAUGCCUGUAGCAUGAUGUCUCAGGUUUGAUCACCUUUACUAAUAUGGAAGUGCAUUCAUUAAGUGCCACCAAGGAUGAUGCCUGGUCCCUUUGGGAAGCAGUACCUCUUGGCUGGAGGAUUUGUGCCAUCUCUCAUUCCAGAUGUGCCAGAGAAUGGAUUGAUCCUAGUUGAUUAGUGUUGAAGACUGCAGUCUGGAAAUUGCUUGCCUUGUAAAGGAGCUCAUGGAUUAGAGUUAAGCCACAGCAUAGGAAGAUGAGGAUAAGCAAACAUUGAUACUAAUAUAGUCAGCAAACUUAGUAGUCUCUAGGGCUUAGCACUUUCAUACACUUUCCACUGACCUGUGCUAAGAGUUGCCUGAGGAACUGUACAACACAAACCAGGAAGGUAGACACAUCAUUUUCAUUAUUAAAACAACAGUGUGUUGGGUAGUUACUAUGUAUUUUACUCAGUGAAUGUAUACUGUUUGGUUUUGGGAUUUAUUUCUUCUGUUAAGCAUUAAAUAAUUGAUAACUGUUUCAUCACUGGUGGUCAUGUCUUUAUUUAAGCAUGGGACUUGAAAAAUGAAAAAAAGGGUAGAUUUUACCAUGCCACUUUGUUUUCUUAUCUGAUAGUACAUUCUUUAAGAGCAUAGGAAUCAAAACUCAGUCAAAAGUACCAUUAUAUAAAAGUAAUCCAAAUCUCAUUCCCACGUAAAUAUGGACAGAAAAUAUGAACAGAAUCAUCACCCCUUAAAGGUGCUCAUAAUUG